AUACUCUCUCCAAGUUUUUUUGAAAGAUUCCAAGCAUAUUUCUGCUUCUCGGAUGAAACCCACCUCGAAAGAUCUCUCCUUUCCCUGAAAUUUUCGAUUUUUCUUUCCGUGAGGAAUCCGCUGUUUCUGGUGUUGGGUCGUCCGUAUUCCUUCCCGGCGUCGUCUUCUUUGAUCGUAAAUUUGGGGAGGAACAGUUCGUCGGCAUCACGGCUAUAUACGGGAUAAUCCGGGCACUCAGCUUUCAUGUCCGUGGUGUACGACGCAAGGGUUGCUUGAUCGAGACCAACCCUUCGCCGCACGGCGGACGUGGAGCUCUGCCGUCUGAAGGCGGCAGCCCUUCCGAUCUCCUCUUCCUAGCCGGCGGCGGCACCACCACCACUACCGCCUUUUUCUUUUUCUAUUAGGCUUAGUUCUUUUGGGUGUGGAGUUUUCUCUACUGUUUGUUAGUCUACGUUUUUCUGGGGUUGUGAUUUCUCUUCGAAUUUGAGAAUGCUGAAGAUCAAGAGGGUUCCGACCGUUGUGUCGAACUACCAGAAGGACGAGGCGGCGGAUGAGGUUGUCCGCGGCGGCGGCGGCUGUGGACGGAAUUGCCUUGGCAAGUGCUGCAUCGACGGGGCAAGGCUUCCGUUGUAUGCCUGCAAGAAGCUGGACAAAGUUGUCGCCUCUGAGAAGCCUGCUCUUGUCCGUGAGCCUCCUGUGGCGUUUCUCGAGUCCCUCGUUCUCGCAGAGUGGGAGGAUCGGUUCCAAAGAGGACUUUUCCGCUAUGACGUAACCGCCUGUGAAACCAAGGUUAUCCCGGGAAAAUACGGAUUCAUUGCUCAGCUGAACGAAGGCCGUCACCUCAAGAAGAGGCCAACCGAGUUUCGGGUUGAUAAGGUGCUCCAGCCUUUUGAUGGGAGCAAAUUUAACUUCACUAAAGUUGGUCAAGAAGAGGUGCUCUUCCAGUUCGAAGCUAGUGAAGAUGGUGAAGCUCAGUUCUUUCCAAGCAUGCUUCUAGAUGCUGACAACUCUCCCAAUGUCGUUGCCAUCAACGUUAGUCCAAUUGAGUAUGGCCAUGUGUUGCUGAUCCCUAAGGUUUUCGAGUGCUUGCCUCAGAAGAUCGAUCAUCAAAGUUUUCUACUUGCCCUUCACAUGGCUGCCGAGAUGGGCAAUCCGUACUUCCGACUUGGUUACAACAGCUUAGGAGCAUUUGCCACCAUCAACCAUCUUCAUUUUCAGGCUUACUAUUUGGCCAUGCCCUUCCCAAUCGAGAAAGCUCCAACCAAGAAGAUCACUACCACUGAGACUAGUGUUAAAAUCUCAAAACUUCUAAGUUUCCCAGUCAGAGGUCUUCUCUUUGAAGCUGGAAACACCGUGCAAAACCUAUCUGAUACCGUGUCAGAUGCCUGCAUUUGCCUCCAGAACAACAACAUUCCUUUCAACAUUCUCAUUUCUGAUUGUGGAAAGCGGAUCUUUCUGCUGCCUCAGUGUUACGCGGAGAAACAGGCUCUAGGGGAAGUAAGUUCUGAGCUUUUGGACACACAAGUGAACCCUGCUGUCUGGGAGAUAAGCGGCCACAUGGUGCUGAAGAGGAAGAAGGAUUAUGAAGAAGCAUCAGAGGAGAAUGCUUGGAGACUUCUCGCUGAAGUCUCUCUCUCCGAGGAAAGGUUCGAGGAAGUGACCGCUCUGAUCUUCGAGGCCAUUGGUGAGGGUGGCCAUGAACAGAACAGAGGAGCAAUGAUUGAUCACCAGGACAAGGCGGACACUGCCGAUGUGGAUGUGAUCAACGAGAAAAGUGUCCAAACCCACACUGGUCGGAUUGUGAAAGGGACCGCAUCCGAAUGCCUUGUCCUUCAGUGAAGGGCAUGGAGUGUUCGGCUGUGAGUCCAGUGUCUGUGUCUGCACUGGCAGAAUCUAAAGCCUAAAUAAGCAAACUCGUUUCAGUUGCUCUGUUAGGUGCCAGCUUGAAGCUUGUUCUUAUCUAUGAUGUUCUCGGUAAUGUAUUGUUUCUUUGUGAAACAAAUCAGUAGAUUGGUGCAUGUAAUGAUGAUGACAAGAAUCCACCAUGUUGGUAAAUUUUAACA